GACACCUUUCUCUCAUCUGAGUACUAGGGCUUAUCGUGAAAAAUCAAUACCGUUAGAAGUAUAUGUGCACGUUCAUAUGUGAGUUUCUGUGUGUUCUACAAUAAGAAUUCGUUAAAAAAACAGCUACUUUUGCAUGAAAUGUGAAAAAGGAGAUCUGAAAACAAUGGCCAAACACCAAAAAGCCACAAUAAUGGCUUAAAUCUGCACCGAGUGUUAUCGGGAUCAACUGUACAUAUUAUUCACCACAUACAUAAAUGCAUAUGUACAUACAUAUGUACAUUUUUGUGCGAAACAUGAACAAUAUACAAUUCUUAAGACACCAACUGAGGACGGAAUAAUUAAUAAUGACAUCCUCGAACUGAUGAACGUGUCGUAUGUUUUGUUGCCUUAAAAACCAUUUACAAAAUACAAAAAACUAUGGAAACGACCAGUACCAACACGGGCAUUUCCUCGGAAACGCCAUUAAUGUCUAAACCCGAGAGUGCAACUCUGCCUACAAACCGAAAAACUGAAACGGCAAUGACCAAAGCUGCCUCGAAAACAAAACGCUCUGGAUAUGAGUCUCCGACUACAUCCGUCAUAUGCGAAGAAGUAUUCGACGAAGCCUGCUUACCAUCAUCAGACGAGAUCCACGAUUAUGCCAAACUGAUAGGGAUCGAACCUCUUAAGGAACAGCAUUUGCUUUAUCUUGCUAAGGAAGGUUUGAUGGCCGCACUGCCUUCGGAGUGGAAAAUCUGCUACUCCGAGGAGAAAAACAGUCAUUACUACCAUAAUACGUUCACGAAACAAUCGCAGUGGGAUCAUCCCCUGGAUGCUGUGUAUCGUGAAUUGGUGGAGAAGGCACGUCAAAAGACGGGAGCAGUGAUUCCUAAAGGAACCAUGGUUAUUAUUAACAAUUCGGAUGGUGUACCCCAGUUGGAUUCUUGUAUACGUAGUGUGCAUUGUGAGGAUGAAUUACUCUAUGAAAUCAGCUCGCCCCCUAACAGCGGUAGAACGCAGGCGGCGGCAAUGAUUAAUUCUGUUUCUACUCGCACGACCAGCUUUGCAGGUACAGGUGUAUUUAGAGGCGGUGUUAAUCGAUUUUUGGAUUCUCGCAACAAGAAUUUUGGUCAAAUCUUUCAUCCUGUAAAAACUACUCGACUGGAAGAGGGCAAUACAAGUUCCCCAAUUAGUAUCAGCAUGCAUUUAUCCGCAUCUAAACUAUCUCACAGUAUGCUGGCAUUGAGCAGUGGGACUGGUGCAAGCACUGACUCUGGAGUGGGGUUGCGCAAUGGAAUGUUUCUGCUCUCAGAUAAAGGAGGUUCCAUGUUUCUAAAGUCUCGUCAACACUUGGAACAAUUAAAUAGAGGUGGAGGUGUUCCUCUACCUUCCGUAAAGGGUAUUCUUCGCGAAUCAAGUGUGUUCGAUAUACACCGUUGCAUGGACCGUGACGAUCCAACUACAGAAUCUGAGGAUAAAAAAAGCGUUCGUUUUAAUUUAGAGGAGCGCAAGCGCAACUCACCCGAAAAUGAGCACUCGCUAAAGUUAUGUCAGACUACCGAGUUGUCCAUUAACGCGGACGACGAGGAAGUGAAGGCGGGGAUGGACGACGAUUGUAAUGAAGAACGAGUUAAUAACAUGAAUAAAGGUAACGAUGUUUGUAAUGAUGAAUUGUUCGGUGGUGAUCUAAACGAGGGCAAGAGUAGCUUAAACAUUUUCUCUAGCGGCUUAACGAACUCCGUACCCAAAUCUCAAACUAUUGAAAUUAUAAAUCAGCCCAUGGAGCAUAAUUUGGCAUGCUCAACAUCUGUUACGUCCUGUAGGUCAAUUUGUGAACUGAAGGACGGUGACACAGCACAGCAUCACAAGGAUAACAACGACCCCGAGUCAGAAACUAGUUUUGUUCGCAACAUUAUUAUAAACAAUUCAGAGCAAGACGCUUUGAAUCUAGCAAGCAGCAAUCCCUUUGAUUUGGAUGAGCUGGGUCGCAAGCACAGCCACGAGCUAGAACUUUUGCAGCGUAAAUCGGCGCUGGUAGCAUCAAAAAACGAACAAGGUUUUAAAAUGGAUAGCAAGUUCGGUACUCUUCAUAAACACACGGAUGGCUUUUUAAAUAGAGCUGAAGAAAUUCAACGCGAACAUGAGUUAAAGCUUAAGAGCCUGAGACAUGAAUAUGACCUGCGCCUCACCUCGCACCAGCACCAACUCGAGGAGGCAUACGAGAGUCAAGUAGAAAAAUAUCGUGGCCAGCUGGAGCUUCAGCUGCAAAGCAAACGUUCUCAGAUGUUAAGCGAGCAUAAGGCUCGAAUGGCUAUAUUGCAGAGUAACCACAAUGAUAUGCUCCAUGAGUUGGAGCGUGACCUUCAUAGUGAGGAAGAGAUUAUUCGUCGCGAGCAAUCAGCCAGGCUGUCACAAAUGCGUGAUAAGCUUGCCCAUGAGCUAGAAUUGGAAAAUAAACGAUUUCGCGAGAAGGGCGAAGAGAGACUCUACGAGAAAGUUCGUUGUGAAAAGCGUUUACUUGAGGAUAAAUAUCGUUGUCUCAAAGAUAAAUACGUAAGACUCAAAACGGAUGUUAGGCUGUCCUUAGAACGGCGCAAUCGACGACGCGAAGCACUCGCCCUUCAGCAAAAUAGUCAUAAUAAUAGAAGCAACGUUACCGCUGGCUCAGAAACGGAACAAUCUAUUUCCAACAAUCCCAUUGGCAAUAGUGAAAAUCGUUCGGUGACCUACUCAGAUAAGGCAGUGAUGGUCGGCUUAAAAGAAAAAACAACCGAAGCUCCAAAGACACAGCUUAACAAUCAAAAUAUCACCGCCAAAUGCAUCAGGCAGCGGCAGCUUCAGAAUGAUAUCAACACCUCAAUCAGUCAGUCGGACACAACGUUAUCAAAUAACUUUUUCAGUAGCCGCUAUCUUCCUGUCUCACAACCCACAAGCUGUGUAGGUUAUGGCACAGUCAAACUAAACGAAAAUGGAAAUUCAGACACGGAAACACCUGCUGCCGCAAAGUUUCAGCGCAAUCAAGAGAACAACAACAGCAAUCAGAUUAAGGAUCUUGGGGGUUCACGGAAGAGGGUUUUCUCACGCUCUAAAUCAGCAUCAACCUCUCGACUUAACUCCGAUUAUAACUAUCUGUUGGAGCGUCCGUGCACUCCUGUGGAAAAUUUACGCAACCAACUGCGAAAACUAGAGGAUUUAGAGGACCAGUUUCCAGAUCAUGCCGUUGAUGCCACUUUUCAUCUUCGAUAUCCGUUCACUGACAUUUCCAACGAUCAUGCUAUUGUUGGAGUGGGCUCGGAACUAGAGUUUUUCAAGCACCGCAUACAUAUGGAACGGGACUCGGUACGUCGUGCCAAAGAGUCUUUGAAAAAAGACCGUAAUGAUUUUAGGUUGCGCCAACGCGAGAUAAAACAGCGGAUCAAGACAUCCACUUUGUUCCCUAAGCAGUGGCUGGAGCAGAAUAUCCAAGACGAAAAAGAAUUAACUGAGAUAGAAGUAAACCUCCAUCGCACACGGGCAUUGUUAGGUGAAAAGGUUAUAAGGCUAAAGCAUCUGGAACAGAGCCUGCUACGCAUGUAUGAGCAAGAAAAUCGCGGCGCCGAUCUGGAGCACAAGGAUGAUGCUGCAACGCUUAGCGAUCUUUCGUCGCACUCUAGUUCUGGCUUCAGCAGCAACGAUUUCGCCAGUGGAGCAGACCUUCAUAAGCGCAGGGAGUACUUUCAACAGGAAUCCAUUGAAUGGGUUCAGAACCUCGAGGUUCUCAAUGAAGAGAUAUGUGAAAUUCUUGACAUGCUAGGUCAAAAGCAACAAAAACAGCAUCAUCAGCAAUCAUUAUCGACCAUGACCAUUCAAUUUCCUAACGACCUUAAGUGGGCACACAUGCUUAGUCAGCAGGCUAACGUUACGGCUAUAGUUGCUCCUUUUCAAACAAGCAACUCAACAUCAAGCCAUGGGCUCAGCGAGAGCAGUGGUAUCGGGGCGGUACCUAUGCCUCAGCCAAUACCAACACUUGCGGAUCGCCUUGAGACCUAUCGACAUCUGACAGCUGGUCGCUUGCACAGCUCGAUGGGUGGUGCAUCUUUGGCGGCCAAUACUAUUGUCUCCAAAAAUCCACGGGCCGUAAACUAUUCUACUAGUUUGGUGGAGCGUACCCGAGACCUUCGCGACUGGCUACGUCAGGCCAAAACCGAACAUGAGUUUCUAACCGGAAUUCAACACGGAAUCACAGAGAAAACUAAAAUAUCUGGUAUUAGCGAAGUAAAUGAUUCAAGUGAUUAUAAUGCAAUCGGCGCAUCUCUUAAUAGUGAAGCUGCAAUAGGGCGAAGCUCUGCAAGUGGGCAAACACUUUUAAAAAAAAAGCCAAUGGAGCAUUCUGAUCAUAAUAUAUAAUUUAGUACGUAGAAAAAUUACAACUAAAAAUAAAUUCAAACUAGCCUGUUUGCCCGUUCUCUCCUGUAUUUUGUAUAAGCCGAUCGUUAGCAUAAUUAAAAAGAAUUUCUUUUCAAAAAUUAAACCAUCAGACUACUGCUAUUUUAAUAAUUUCAUCAUUAUUUACAUCCUAUUAUAGGGUUUUAGGAUUUUUAUCGUGUGUCUUCAACGCACUCAAGGAAGCAAUUCAAUUUUGAAGCACAAUAUUCAGUUUUAAAAUCUAAAGCCGAUAUAACCUGUUUUUAUUAAACCCGGUAUUCCAAGAGUAAAUAGGGUAUAUGUUAUUGCAGUGACUACCCCACACCCCCUCUAGCAGCUUUGUUUAUUUUUGCUCAUUCUCUCUCGCUCGCACACCCUGCCUCGUGCAGUGUACGGGUCUGGCGGAUGGGGGCGAGCUUAAAGGGCGUGUGGGUGUGAGAAGUGAUGUAGUUGACAGAAUAUCAUAUUUAAAAUUUAA